AUGGCCAAUGGCAUUUGUCGACAAAAAGGAAACGGUGGUCUACCUCCAUUGCAAAAUUCGACAUCAUGUUCAUUAUGUCUUCGUCACUUGUUGGUUGGAUCUCAACGCAAAGUAUCAUGGAACCAUAUUAUUAUUUACUGUCAUGAUUUUAUUCAAUAUCCGGAACAACCUGUGUUAUCACCUGUUCUUAAAAUGUUUUACAAUAAAUCACGUAUUGUCUCAUUUUAUGCUGGACAAAACUUGGACUUCCAUUACUUAAACGAACUCCUGGUCUCAUCUGUCUUAAUGGAACAUUCAUAUGCAACGGCACUCUGA